UGUGAGCCACUUGUGCCAGUCAACUUCAAGUCAACCUCAUGGACUUUUCCUUGCUCAUUUUAGUUCCAUUUCUCAAUUCCUUUUGUCAUUAAGUUUUCUGGCUGCAAUAAUUGUCGUCCGCCAAUCAUCCAUGGAGUUCCUCCGAUCCCAAAAGAAGAUACUUUGCAUUAGUUUUCUCCUCCAUUUCUCUUCUCUCUUCUUCCCCUCAGCCUCUUACACUUUACCCGACUAUUACUUCAUCAACUGCGGCUCCACUUCCACCCUCCGCACCUACCGCCGCAACUUCACCGGCGACCAGAAUUCCGGCAACAACGUGCUGUUCUCGAGAGAUGGCAGCAGCUCCGCCUCAGACCAAACCCUCCCAGCUGACCAACUCUACCAAACCGCAAGAAUCUUCACAAAAUCAUCCUUUUACGAGCUCGAUUUGGACCAAGACGCCACUUAUGUGCUACGCUUGCAUUUCUUUCCCUUCCCCUCCCUGGGGAAUCUCGCCAACGCUCGUUUCCACGUCUCCGCUUCCAAGUUUUCGCUUUUAUCGAAUUUCAACGUGCAAAACGGCGGCGCUUUCCCACUCGUUGAAGAGUUCUUGAUGAGGAUAGCUGCAGGGAAGUUGAAGAUCCAAUUCAAACCUGAUGGGGAAGAGCGUUCCUUCGCCUUCGUCAACGCAAUCGAAGUCUUCCUUGCGCCACCUGAGCUCGUUCAAGAUGCCGCGCUUCCUCGUGUGACUCGACAAGGAAGUGGCGAAAACUAUAACGGCGUCUUGGAUUUCCCAUUGCGCGUUGUUCAUAGGAUCAAUGUCGGAGGGGGGAACGUUACGCGGGAGACGGAUACGUUGUUGAGGUAUUGGGUUCCCGAUGAUGUGUAUUUGCUCUUUCCAAAUACUGCCAAGAACAAAAUUUAUAGUGAUGAGAUUAAGUAUCCCAGUGGAGGAGCUACAAGAUUUAAUGCUCCUGAUUCUGUUUAUAACACUGCUAAAGAAAUGAAUAUCAACGGUAGAAGCACUUCAAACAACUUCAACAUUUCUUGGCGGUUUGAGGUUCGGAAGGGCGUUCCGCAUCUCGUUCGUCUGCAUUUCUGCGACAUUGUAAGUCAAACCACCAAUGAGUUCUUUAGAUUCAAUCUGUACAUCUAUGGUCGUUUCAGCUCUGAGGUGUACCCUUGGGGUUUCAUUUCCCAAUUGGCAGCUCCCUUUUACAUAGAUUUCGUGGUGGAUUCGGAUGAUUCCGGUUUCAUGAAUGUAAGCGUUGGGCCGAACUCGCAGUCACAGUUUAAGACAGCAAUCUUGAAUGGUGUAGAGAUAAUGGAGGUGCUUGGAGACAAGGCCCCGGAUUCUGGAGAUGGCGAUGCAUCGAGGAAACGCGUGUUUAUCGUUGUUGGUUCGUGUCUUGGUGGAUUGGUUUUGGUUGCGUUAGUAUUUGCUUGUGUGUUUCUUCGUUUAAAGAAGAGGAAGCUCAAGACGGUUGAGGCUUUGGAUUGGCGGUUGGUGCGUUUCCAGGGUGGGAGCUCGGAUAGUAGGACUACUGUGAGAACAUCGGUGACUGGAUCGCCCUUUGCUGAUCUCAACCUCGGAUUGAGGAUACCGCUGUCUGGAAUCCUCUUCGCCACGAAGCAGUUUGAUCCGAAGCUGAUGAUCGGACAGGGAGGUUUCGGGAAAGUGUACAAGGGAACGCUGAGGAACGGCACCAAAGUUGCUAUAAAGAGAAGUGAGGCAGGGCAUGGGCAGGGCCUUGCAGAAUUCCACACAGAGAUAAAAGUUUUAUCCAAGAUUCGACACCAGCAUCUGGUUUCUUUGAUUGGAUACUGUGAUGAGAGGGAUGAGAUGAUACUGGUGUAUGAGUUCAUGGAGAAUGGUACUCUGAGGGAGCAUCUGUAUGGAGGAGAUGAGACGGCGUGUCAGUUCUCGUGGGACGAGAGGCUGCAGAUAUGCAGUGAUGCAGCGAAAGGGAUUCACUACCUCCACACUGGCUCGAGUGGGACGAUCAUCCACAGAGACAUCAAGUCCACAAACAUCUUGCUGGAUGACAAGUAUGUGGCGAAAGUUGCUGAUUUCGGGCUGUCUCGCUCGGGCCAUCGUGAUCAGACUCAUGUUAGUACCGAGGUGAAGGGCAGCUUCGGGUACUUGGACCCUGAGUAUUUCAGAUGCCUGCAGCUGACACAGAAGUCGGAUGUGUACUCGUUCGGGGUGGUGCUUCUUGAGGUGCUGUGCGCGAGGCUAGCAGUUGACCCGGGGCUUCCGAGGGAGCAAGUGAACUUGGCCGAUUGGGGGCUGCUAUGGCAGAGGAAGGGGCAGCUGGAGAAUAUUGUAGAUCCUUGUCUUGUGGGGAAGAUCAACCCCAACUCGUUGAGGAAGUUUGGUGAGACUGUGGAGAAGUGCUUGCAGGAAUGUGGAGCUGAUAGGCCUAAUAUGGUUGAUGUGUUGUGGGACUUGGAAUACUGUCGGAAGCUCCAGCACUCGACCGUGCCCCAGCAGCCCUACGAGGACACCACCACGGAGGUGUCAUGGGGCUUGCCCAUGCCUGCUCUUCAACGGCUGCCUUCUCAGAGCUUAUCUGUUGAUGAAGACGACUCCAUUCAUGGCUCCUUCACUGUUGCGGGGUCGAGUCAGCUUAACGCGAGUGAGGUGUUUUCGCAGCUGAGCAUGGAUGAGGCGAGAUGAUCAUCCUAAUGCAGAAUGCUCUCUUGCCUUUUGUUUUCAUUGUGUUUAUUAGCAGCUCAUGCUUUUCAAAUUGGAACAUCCAAAUCUUGAAUUUGUUAAUACUUUCCAACUUCUCUACUCAAUAAUUUUGCACUGAUUUUGGUC